UCUCUCUCUCUCUAUCUCUCACUGCUGAGAAGUAUAAUGGAAGGCGAGUAGUAGUGGAGAUGAAGAAGAUGUAAGAAAUUUAUAAUAAUAACCAUAAUAAUACCCAAAGAAUUAAAAAAAGAAAGUGAUUACAUUUGAGAACUAUUAAAAGAGUUUUAAUAAAAAAUAAAAUAAUAUUAAAAAGGAGUGAAGAAAUCAAGAAAGUGUAUGAAAGUUUAAGAAGCUAAAAACAGAUGUAAGGUCUGUUGGAGCAAACACAUCAGGAAUAUGAUGGGUUUUAUUAGAGUGUACUAUCUUUUUAUGAUUAUUGUGGAUAUCUCGACGAGCGUUAAAGACGUUCCUUCCUUUUCAAUCGAGGCACUGAUUGGCGAGACAGUAUAUCUUCCAUGUAAUAUAAGUACGCAGGAAAUAAAUGAUGAUAUUGAACUCAUAUUAUGGUAUCGGGAAGACAAAGGAACUCCAAUAUAUAGCGUCGAUAUACGUGAUCGAGAUCCAAAUGCAGCAAAAAGAUGGUCCGAUGAAACAGUGUUUUCCAAUAGAGCAUAUUUUUUAUUUGAUAAGUUGCCUGGUGAAUUAGCGGUACAGAAUGCCAAAGAUUCAGAUACAGGUGUUUAUAGAUGCCGAGUAGAUUUUAAAGUAGCUCAAACAAGAAAUAGUAUUGUUAAUUUAACAAUAAUCGUUCCCCCCGAACGCAUAAGUAUACGUGAUGAAUCAAACAGCGAACGGACCACAGUCGUGGGACCAUACAGUGAAGGAGAUACAAUGAAGCUCAAGUGUGAUGUGAUUGGGGGAAAGCCACAACCAAAAUUGACUUGGUAUCGUGAUGGAUAUCAGAUUCAAAGUGAGACAUUCAUGGUGCCAAGUGGACGAUAUUUACGAAGUGAAAUUGUAGUAGAACGUUUAAGUAGGCAAGAUUUAAAUUCUAGAUUUACGUGCAAAGCAAUAAAUCAUCCUAGAGCAACCGCUAUAGAAUCCUCCGUCCAAUUAGAUAUGAAUUUUGCUCCACUUAAUAUUCGACUAUUGGGAGCCCAUCAACAUCAACCUCUUUCAGCCGGACGUAGAUAUGAUUUGCUCUGUCAAAGUGCGGGAUCUCGACCACCAGCGAUUAUCACAUGGUAUCGUGAUGGUGAACGCUUAGAUAGGACAACAGAAACCACAUCGAGUGAUGGAAAUCAGACCACAAGCACAUUAUCAAUUACACUUAGUCGUUCCGAUGCUGGAAAGUAUUUGUCAUGCAAAGCAUACAAUCAUAUGUCACCUUCAGAAGCACUUGAAGAUGGCUGGAGAUUAGACAUUCAAUAUAUACCGGAAGCGACAGUUCGAUUGGGCAGCUCGCUAGAUCCCGACAACAUUCGGGAAGGAACCGAUGUCUAUUUUGAUUGUAUCAUUACUGCACAUCCUGGUGUAUAUAAAGUUGAAUGGCGACAUAAUGGUCGUAUGUUACCACAUAAUAUCUCUCUGGGUGUUAUAAUCAGCAACCAUUCGCUAGUGUUACAAAGUGUUUCACGUACAACGGCCGGAAAUUAUUCAUGUGUUGGCUACAAUAGCGAGGGCGAUGGUGAAAGUUUACCAUUUGAAUUGAAUGUGAUGUAUGCUCCAACUUGUGCCCCACAACAGCCGAGAGUGUAUGGGGUUGCAAAGCACGAAAAUGCUCAAAUCAAGUGUAUCGUCGACGCAAAUCCACCGGAAGUCGAUUUCAAAUGGACUUUCAAUAAUUCAGCUGAAAGUAUCGAUGUUGCAGCAUCACAUGUAUCAAGACACGGAACAUCGUCGUUUGUUUCAUACCGACCUGUAACUGAACUUGAUUAUGGAACAUUACUGUGCUCUGCGACGAACAAAAUUGGAAAACAAAAGCACCCUUGUAUAUUUCACAUUAUAGCUGCAGGGCGUCCGGAUCAAGUUCACAAUUGUACCGUGACAAAUAUUUCCAUGACAUCCAUGAGUGUUCGUUGUUCGGAAGGCUUUAAUGGCGGUUUACAACAGCAGUUUAUGCUGGAAGUGAGAGAUUUACAAACGAAUGAGUUACGGGCCAAUUAUUCAUCCCCAGUUCCGCGAUUUACCGUCAACAGCUUAAUGCCAAGCGCAAUUUAUUUAGCUUCCGUUUAUGCAUUCAAUGCAAAAGGACGUUCUGAUCCGACGGUUGUGCAAGCAGCCAUGCUUCGAAUGCCUGAAAAGCAGCCAACUGGAGAAAAGGUUUUGAAUUUCAAAGUUGAGCAACGACCACGUUCUACCUUCUCCUUAAAUCCUCUCAUUUCAAUUGCCAUUGGCAUUGGUGCUGCCAUAUUAGUUGGCAGCUGUAUUUUAAUGAUAAUUUUAAGAAUAGUUUGUGGGAAGAGGAAUCAGAGGAAAGACGUUCAUCACAAUACGACAGUGAGAGUGGCAUCGCCCGGUCCAAGCAUCAAGAGUUGUGGAAGUCGAGACUACGAUGGAAAUGAGAGCGAUGAGAAAAAUCCUGAUGUCAUUCCCGAAACCAUCGAAUCAGAUCAAGAUCAAGUGGAAUUUAUAAGACGUCGUCAACAACAACACAUAUCAACAAUAGACACAAGCAGUCCUAGUCGUUUAUUAUUAGCAUCAAAUGCUUCAUCGAAUAGCAGUUUUGUACCGAACAGCAACAUACAAAUUCAUAAGACACAUAAUGCAAUAGGUUAUUGUACAUUAAGGAAUGGCUCACUGCAUGGCCAAAAUCAAAUGCGUGAUCAUAGCGGUAAUAGUAUAUCAAUGAGUCCUGUGCCAAAAUCAUUUCAAAAUCCAUCAAAUACGUGUACAUUGCCGCGUCAUCAUAACAAUCACUGGCCAUCAUAUGGUGGCACAAUUGCUGGUACCGCAGUACGAAAUAUGUCACAAACAAUAACAAUAUCGCAAUCACAACCACCUCCACCAUCGUGUAUAGCGAUGCAGAGUCUUGGACCGAAUGCACGACCGAGAGUGUGUAUAGGACUUGGACUUAAUCCUGAGGACGAUGUCGAGACACCAUUAAUGCUAAAAAGAGAAAGUAGUGUGGUGUUAUAGCAGGAUAAUAGAGCCGUUAUUGAUGAUACGGCACUUUAAAAGUGUAUUUUGAGAUUAGAAAUUGUACAGAAGAAGUGAGUGUGAGAGAGAGAAUAACGAUAGAUAGAAAUGUGAAGACCAAGAUGUACUUACUUCCAUUACUUAUUUAUUAACUUUACUUACAAUUGAAAAUUUAUUACUCGGACAAAACCAAAACAAAUCGAGCUAGCAAACGACAAUUGUGCUAGUUUAUAACUACUUAUUAAAUCAAUGAACUGAUGAUCUUAUACCCUCAUACACUUGUACAUAUAUAUCGAUUGGCACACAGGACACACAUCUGCUAUAUAUAUCGAUCUUCUCUUCUCCAUCCCAUUUUCUUCUUUAUCACUACACAAUUAUGUUACAAUUUUUUUAUCGUUCCUUAUUUUUUGUACUUACUUGUUUCUUUCUUUCUUUUUAAUAGCAUAAAAAAUUGCAUUUGAUGAUGAUAAUGAUAAUGUGAAACUCAUAUAUAGGAAAAAUUUUAUAUAUAUAAUGUAUGAAGGAACAUGGGAGAAAAAAAUUUGAAAAAUGGAUUUGUCAAAAUUUGCUGACAUACAAGCACAUCUGCAUGCGGGCAUACUUAUACAUUCACACACAUUUCCAUUUCGUAUUUUGGAUGGUUUUUUUUGGGGGUUUGUUUGUAAUUGAUGUUUAUGAUUAUGGGGGGGGAUUAGGAGGUCUUUUGAGGCGAUUGUCAUAGGAUUUUAAAUUUUAAUAUGAUGCACAGUCAUUGUUUUUUGAUCAGGGUGUCCUCAUUCUUGGAAGAAGGUUCAAUCGUUAUAGCUAAGCUAAGCCCCCCUCCUCACUCCUUUAACCAACAAAGCUUUAGUCAAAAAUACAAGUCAGGCCUGAUCAAGCUAAAAUCUAUAACUUCAUUCUUUAUUUUAAGCACUAAAGAGCAUGUGUUUUCAAUUUUUAACAAUACAUCAGUUACAUCACUUACGAACGACCCCAACUCAAAUGAAUUUUCUCCCAACAUUCAAUUUUUCAUAUUUUUUUUUUUCAACACACAAGCAAAAAAUUUUGGUCAUCAAUUUUUAAUUCAUUUUAUUUCUUUCUCUCACUUACUUUAUACAUUAUACAUAUAAUUUAGGAUAGACGCAAAAAAACAAACCCGAGUGAGAUAGAGAGAUAAAUGAUGAGAAAAUGAUUAGUAUUAAUCUAUCGAUAAAAAAUAUGAAUUUUUUUUUCUUUCCUUUAAAAAUGAAAAUUGUGAUAGAUAAAAAAAAAGUUAUAAAUAAUAUAAAAAAUUAGGAAUUUGAAGAAUGAAAAAUUGUUUUGCUGUUAGUUGAACUCUCUCGAUCCAUUAGAAGGAGAAAAAAUGGUUUUGGGGUAAAUUUUGUUGAGCAAAAUUAUUUAUUUGAGAAAAGUUGUUGUUGGUGUGUUUAUUAUAAUAUUUUGUUGAGUUUAUUAUUUGUGGGAUUUGGGAAGGGCUGUUUUAGGUUUGGAAUCAUAGAUGAUUUGAUAGUUUGGAAUCGUGUUUGAAAUUGAGAAAUUUUCAUGUGUAAAUAAUUAAAAUUUCAAGAAAAAUGAGCUGGUAAGGGGCCGUUCACUUAUGACGUCCGACAUUUAGGGGGGAGGGGGGUCUAGGAUUUUAUGACAGUUCAAACAAUGGAAAUUUUUUUCUAUAGAAUUUUUGUGACAGAGGGAGAGAGGGUGUCUACAAAUCAAGUUUUUAGAUGGACGUCAUAAGUGAACGACCCCUAAUGAUCUUUAGACUCUGUCAUAGGAUACUCCUAAUGUAGCUCAAGGUUAGGAAUAUUACGAGAUAUGAUCCUGACACUGGAGAUUAGCAUAGGCUAAUCUAUCAAGACAUCUAGCGACAAAGUUGGUCAUAGCGAUUAGCAUCAAGGGGGUUGAUGGUUUGCCCGCCAAAAGUCCUAUUUAAACUUUUAUUUUCACAAAGGUAAACAAAACAAGCUAGUAAGCUACCCCUAAAGCUACCGCAAUAAACUGAGUCAAUCCAAUGAAAAUGCGCCUUAAACCACAACAUACAGUGACUUUUCAACUUGUCGUUUUCCUCACUUAAUAUAUGUCUCAUUUUUUUCUGAAUUGCCAAUUAUGUAUAGCAAAAAAUAAUAUACACUCAAGUGAUAAAUCUUCGUUACUGUUUCCGUUUCAGCAAUAAAAAAUGAAAAUUUGAUGGAAAAAAGUCGUUAAAAAUUUUCCAAAAGAAUUAAGUUUUACAAGAAAUUUAAUUUAAUGAUUUAAAGACUUAAUAAUUACCAAGAAAAAAGAAAAAAUUAUUUUUAAGCAUCGCCACUAAUUAGAUGAUGGAGAAAAUAUUGAAGUCAUUCGGAUAAAUCUUGUAAAAUUACAACGAAAAUUCGUCAGUAAUUCUCUUAAAUUAAUUUUUUGGAACAAUUAUAAUGAUGAUUAUUAUGGCUUAAAAGUUUUCAAGAAAAUGUUAUUAAAUGAGGAUUAUUGUCAUUAACAUUUGAACGAUAAUCAUGUUGAAGCUUAGCAUUUAAUUGAUUUCAUUUUUAAUUCUAUUGAAUUUUUUAAUUGACAAUAUUGAAUUGAUAUAUCCGGGAACCUUAUUAUGAGCAUCAAAGAAUUUUUAUCAUACCAAAUAUUUCAGCCACAAAAAGGCUUCUUCCAAAAAAUCCUGUGAAUGAAUAAAAGUUUCGGUCCAAGACAAAUCAUUUGUCAAUUUGCUAAAAAGAUAAACUUUCUUCAAUCUCUAAUUAAUUUUCAAUUAGUUCCUCAACAGACUCACGCAAACAAGUCUAAAUGUGUUUUUUUUUGCCAUUCCUUUCGUCUUUGAAACUUCAAAGCUUCUCCAUUUAUUUGGUAUUCCAAAAAGUUUAUAAAAUUACAAAGAGAAUGUUUUCGUAUUUUCUUUUUGCUUAAAUAAUAUCAAGCGACCUCCUCCCUUCCCUUUUUUUGGAUGGAAAUAACAAAGAAUAAAAAAAGAGUAAGGGAGGAAAGUGAAAUUUAUCCCAUAACAUUACAACAACAAUAGGAAUGAGGAAGCAAAAUAUGUAAAAAUAAAUACUUAUUUAUAUAAAAAUUGAUUGGAAAACUUUUAUGUAGAACAGAAAAAAAAUAGAGACAAGUUGGAUUGUCACUGGAAGGUGGGUUUAGGGUUUGGAAAACCUGUUAACAGAAAACAGGAAAACAGCUGUUUUUAAAAAUCAAAACCGAAAACAGACUGUUUUUCAAAAACAGCUGUUUUCCACAAACCCACCUUGGGUUUGGGAUUGGUUUAAGAUAAGAUGGUUUUAAGAUUUUCGAGGGUCUUAUUAGACAUGCUCAAUUGUGAACUGUUGUUUUGAACACUUAGGAGGCCUAAAAAACCCCUCAUUGCUACGUUGCUGCUUUCACUAAGGUUCCAAUUACAUAAUGCUCAAAAAGGUCAGAUUUAACUGACUGGUGAUACUUUUCAAUCAAAUUCUCACAACGAAGGCUAAAAUAAAGGAUGUAAACUUGUAACCUUAACUCAAGGUUCCACUACUAACAUAGAAUAGUUCCAUUAAUGCCAAAAAUCACUACAAAAAAUCUAUAAUAAUGACAAUCUGCCAAAUCUACCCCCAAAACCUCCUUCUAAUAAAUCCCAAAAAUCCAGCAAACAAAGAAAAUCAAAAAUAAAGAAGCGAGACAUACGAAAACUUUUUUGUUCCCUACUCUUCCACAUAAUGUUUAUUUAAUUUGAUUUUUGGUGAUUGAAGGUCUUUAAUGGUCUGCAAAAAAAUAAAUGAACAAAAACAAUAAUAGAAACAUCAAUGGCAGACAAGGAAAAACAAAAGCAUGAAAAUUUCUACAAUUAAACACGAUGAUUCCACACAAAAAAAGAGGAUAUAGCAAAUGGAUUCAGAGGCGUGUGGAGAGAGAGAGAGAGAGAGAGAGAAGCAGCAAAUUAUUGUAAAAAUUUCAGCACAGAUUGUGUAAAUAUAUAUAAAUAUAAAGAGAAUGACAAAAAAAAAUGUUGUUGUACAUAAAAGAAGUAAUUUUCCUUCUCAUACUCAUCCGAAAAUACGCUCAAAAUUUUUCAUUAUACAUUUUCAUUUUUAUACGUGCCAAAUUAGAAUUUGGUUAAUGGUUUCUUACUGACUUAGACAUUCAUUCUUUUUGAUACAUACACACACACACACAAAAUCCCAAACUUUAUCCAUAAUUUAAUUUGUUUUGAUCAAAAAAAUUGUUUUUACUCAUGGGGGGAUAACAACUUAAUGAGGAAAUGUUUUAGUAUAUAAUUUACUAGAACAGUCUUAGUUUAAAUUACUGAAAAAAUUGUUGAGAAUUUUUCAACUAAAGAAUUUCCCCAUCAAGUUAUUAUCCCCCUUGCCAUCCACUUAAUUUCGUUAGGCUCGGUACGGAAUGUACUUUAUAAAGUGCGUUUUAAGCACCACCAUAGACAUUUCAAAAUAAUGAUGAUGAAGUCUCAUCGCCUCUCGCUGAUGGCUCUGUUAACGUUGUGGUGUGACUUGGAAAUUGAAUAAAUGAUAAGUUUAUCGUGCGAUACUGACACCCCUCUACCAAAAUGAUGGCUUUUUCGGAAACUCAUUUUUUGAAAGAGAAAACAUUUAUUUAAUGAUGAUGAAAUUUACUCGAAAUUUCGGUUUGACAUGAAUAGGUUGCAAUUGGAUGUGCUGCAAUUUUGUUGAUGAAAUUCUUUGAAAUUUUAUAAAUUCAAUUUCGAAACCGUCAUUCACAGAAAUUGCAAUAUUGCAUCAAUUCAUAAAAAAUCCAAUUUGCAAUAGUUGCAAUCAAAUAUCUAGUUUAACAUCCACGCCCAUUUAAUAAUCCCUUUGUCAUCAAUUCCAAGAAAUUUUCCAUCAUAAUCCCCAAAAACUUUGCAAUUAUAGCUUUCCACGAAUCCGGAUAUCAAGGAGCAAAUACUCCAUUUCCUAUACGGAAUUUCACUGUCAGUAAAAUUUACACAAUGAUGUUGAAAUAAUGAUCGACACGAGCACGGCACCGUUUGCUUGCUUUAAUUUUCAUAUUUUUAUACAUUCGACUAACGCACACCUGACAAAAAUACAAUAUUCAUCAGUCUUUAUAGACUCGCAAUGAAAACUUCAUCAUCAUUAAGCUGGAAGAUGAAAAAAAAGUUGUACAAAAAGAAUGCGAGAAUUUUUUUAUUCAAUCACCACGCACAUUUAUGAUUGUGGCUCAGUCGUUAUCAACACAUUGUAAUUGCAUGAAGAACCAUGAUUGUGAUGUUGGUGGAUAUCUUUGGAAUGUGUACAUGAUUGUCGAGGGAUGUUAAAUGUUAAUGUUGGCUAAGGAACCUGUUGAUGAAAAUUAAAGCAGGUCAAUAAGGGGCUUGAACCCGUAUCUUUUGAAAAUAAGGACCUACAGCUUCAGGUAGGGUUCACUAAUCAAUCAGUCAACUGAGGCAGUCAACUGAGGCACUUUUGACAUUAUUCAUAGAUUUAUGUUUCAUUACUGAACACUCGUUCUGACCAAGAUUUGACUUAGGAUUGCAACCCAUCGUGCAGUCUUCCUUCAAGAAUUUCUUGAUUUUGUGAGGCCUAGUAAUCAAAAUUCCAAACUAUAUGAGGUCAACGACCCAUCAAACUGAAAGAAAAUUCCCCAAAAAAAUUCAAUGUUCAUCCUAAUACAGCUUCUUACCUCCAAAAUCAUAAAAAUCUCUUAAAAUCUCCAAUUUUAUUGUAGGUCAAAUAAAAAAUCCUACAUCUUCACAAAAAUAAAAAUCGAUUAAAAGUUUCAUCAGAUAAAAUUCAGGUCUACAUCGAUUGCGAUCAAAAAGUUUGCGUCCCUUGACCUCGUUUCCUUUUCAACUUUAUCUCAACAAUUUCCGACACUUGAAGAUUUUUUUUUCUGUUCCUUUUCUGUUCACAAUCGUCUUACUUCUUCAUCCAUCUCGAUUGAACUGAAGUUGUAAGAAAAGGACUAAUUUUUCUGUAUUUAUUGGAAAUACAAAGCACAAAAGGAAUAAACUGCUCAAUAAUGAUGAAGAGAAAAAAUGGAACAGAAUGUUUUUUUAUAACGAGAACUGAAAAUGCUGAAUUGGAUUUUUAAAAAAUAUUGAAUGAACUAUUAUUAAAUAAUUGCUCGUUUUCAGUUUUUGAGGAUUGGGUUGUUGGCUUAUGAUGUAGAGCACUUAAGCAGCAAUGUUCCAUCUUAGCUAUCUUCAAGCUACAUCAUGAUGUGUAAACUUACUAGCUACACUUGAGUUCUAUAAAGAGUGGGGGGGGGGGGUCAAAAUCAUAAAUUUCAAAUAGACGUCAUUAGUGCUCGACCCCAACAGAAAAUCCUUUUUUAUUCGUUCUCGUCAUAUUCUGACAUAUUAAUGUAUUCAAAGCCACAAAAAACACAUUUUUGCUCUUUUCAUGCAUGUAUAAUUUAAAGCACCAUGUGUUUUUGUUAUAAUUCAACAUUAAAAAUAUUUUUUUAACCCACACCCCCCCCCCCCCCACUCUUCAUCAUAAUCCUCGUUCUAUUAAAUUCCAAUUUCCUCCCUUAGUUUCCCACAGCUCUAGUUGAAAGACUGAUUGAUUUGCAUACAUUAUGAAAUAUAUGAUUUAUGACACCAUCAUUCCAGUCCAUUGUUAUAAUUUAAUUUAAUUUAAAUGCAUUAAAUGGUCGUAUUUUUCAGCUGAUAUCUUAUUUCCCAUAAAUUUAUCAGCAAAAUGUCAUUCACUUAUAUGUAAAUAUGACACAUACAUAUACAUAUAUAGGAUGAUAAAGUUGAUAG